ACUCUCGCGGCUUCGAUGAUCGUAACAAAAAUCGACGUGAAAUGAUGAAAUCAAUCUCCUCGCAUAGUCACACUCGGCGCAGGGGUCCCAAGCAAAAAUAUUGCUUCCACGACGUCCUUAUCUCGCACUUUGCUCUCCCACGAAGAAAAUUCGAUCCUGUCUCUUUCUGUCUUCACGUUUCUCCCUCUUCUGCCUCUUCAUCUUCCUACAUUCAAUGUGCUACUAUUGAAUUAAUGGUUGCGUUGGAUAGGCUGGUGACUUGCAGGAGGAAAACUACUUCAUGCUUGGCAAGGGAUCCUACAUUGUUAUUAUAUCUUUCUUUACACGAGUAUUUGCACCUGAACGUGUAUGACUGGAUCUGGAGUCAGGUCUUUGGAUAGUACAAACUCUUCAUUUCCCGAAUAUAUAUAUUUUUUAUCUUCUCUGGAAGUUUUCUUUUUCGGGGUACAAUUUGUAUCCUUCAUUGGCCCAUAUUCCUCGUUGGUAAUACACGGAGAUGUCAAAUUUUGUGGGCGUUAUUGUCUCCGAUCAAUGGCUUCAAAGUCAGUUUACGCAGGUUGAACUUCGCAGCCUGAAAUCAAAAUUUAUGGCAUUAAAAAAUAAGAAUGGCAAAGUUACAAAUGCAGACUUGCCGCCUCUAAUGGCCAAUUUAAAAGCAUUUAAAGAAAUGUACACUGAGGGGGAGAUUGAGGGGGUCUUGGGUGAAAAAAGCCCUGACUUGAGCGAUGAGAUUGAUUUUGAAUCUUUCUUAAGGGUAUACUUGAAUUUGCAAAGCCUAGCUACAUCAAAACAAGGUGUUACUAAGAACUCUUCGUCAUUCCUCAAGGCAACCACAACCACCCUUCUCCACACCAUCAGUGAAUCAGAAAAGGCAUCUUAUGUUGCUCAUAUAAACAGCUACCUUGGUGAUGACCCGUUUCUGAGUCAAUAUCUUCCUUUAGACCCAGCUACCAGUGAUUUAAUUGAUCUUGCAAAAGAUGGAGUUCUUCUUUGUAAACUUAUCAAUGUUGCUGUGCCUGGGACUAUAGAUGAGCGAGCCAUCAAUGCCAAAAAAGUUCUUAAUCUUUGGGAGAGGAAUGAAAACCAUACUCUCUGCCUCAAUUCUGCCAAGGCUAUAGGCUGCACUGUAGUUAACAUUGGUACACAGGACCUUGUUGAAGGAAGACCUCAUCUUGUUUUAGGGCUGAUUUCCCAGAUCAUAAAGAUUCAAUUAUUGGCAGAUCUAAACCUUAAGAAGACACCUCAGCUUGUUGAAUUGGUAGAGGAUAGCCAGGAGGUUGAAGAGCUUCUUAGUUUGCCUCCUGAAAAGGUUCUACUAAAAUGGAUGAAUUUUCAUCUCCAGAGAGGAGGGUACGAUAAAUACGUUAAAAAUUUUUCUUCUGAUGUGAAGGAUGGAAGAGCUUAUGCUUAUCUGCUUAAUGUCCUCGCUCCGGAACAUUGCAAUCCAUCAACCUUGGAUACUAAGGAUCCCAUUCAAAGGGCAGAACUUGUGCUUGAUCAUGCAGAAAGAAUGGGCUGCAGGAGAUACUUGACACCCAAGGACAUCGUGGAUGGUUCCUCAAAUCUGAAUCUUGCAUUUGUGGCCCAAAUAUUUCAUCAGAGGAGUGGCUUAUCUACGGACAAUAAAAAGAUAUCUUAUGCUGAGAUGAUGACAGAUGAUGUGCAAACGUCUAGAGAAGAGAGAUGCUUCAGGCUGUGGAUCAAUAGUCUUGGAAUUGGGACUUACGUAAAUAAUGUAUUUGAGGAUGUCAGAAAUGGAUGGAUGCUUCUGGAGGUGUUAGACAAGAUUUCUCUAGGAUCGGUUGACUGGAAACAUGCAACAAGACCUCCAAUUAAGAUGCCAUUUAGAAAAGUAGAGAACUGCAAUCAGGUCAUAAAAAUUGGGAAACAACUGAGGUUUUCACUAGUAAAUAUAGCUGGCAAUGACAUUGUGCAAGGAAAUAAGAAGCUAAUUCUUGCCUUCUUGUGGCAAUUGAUGAGAUUCACUAUGCUUCAACUACUGAAAAAUUUGAGAUCUCAUUCCCAAGGAAGGGAGAUCACUGAUGCUGAUAUCCUGAAAUGGGCGAACAGAAAAGUGAAGAGCACUGGGAGAACUUCCCACAUAGAAAGUUUUAAGGAUAAGAGCUUGUCAAGUGGAAUCUUUUUUCUUGAGCUUCUCAGUGCUGUAGAGCCUAGGGUGGUCAAUUGGAAUCUUGUUGCUAAGGGUGCAAGUGAUGAUGAGAAGAAGUUGAAUGCUACCUACAUAAUCAGUGUUGCUCGAAAGCUAGGUUGUUCCAUCUUUUUGUUACCUGAGGAUAUUAUGGAGGUUAAUCAGAAGAUGAUCCUGACUCUUGCAGCCAGUAUAAUGUACUGGAGUCUGCAACAAUCAGGCGAAGAUGCGGACUCAUUCCCUUCACCAGCUACCACCAUCACCAAUACUCCUGAUGCAUCACCCGCCCCAUCAGUCAGCGGAGAAGAUGAAAUCUCCUCCCUCGGUGGUGAAUUCUCCACCUUAAGCAUCGAUGAUGCCACCUCUGACACAACAGUCUCCUCACAACUUGAAUAUGAAGGCGCUGAAGAGGAUCAUCCAAAGUGACUUCUGUUGAAAUGAAGAUAAAGAAAGAAAUACUGGCUAUCUCUAUAGAAUCCUCACCUUAUUGUCCAAGGUGGGUUUCACCUCUCUUCUCUUUUCUCUUUUUCACUCUUUCCUUCAGAUGAACAUUGGUUCAGACUUCAGAGGAUAUAGGAUUGAUCAUACGUGGGAGAUGAGCCCAAUUUGCUAGGCUUUCACCUGGCAAGAGAUCAUACAAAGUGAGAUCUUUUUGGUAGAGAGGGGGGAGGGGGGGGGGGGGGGAAAAAAAAAGCAAAGCACAAGGCAUAUUUCAUGGUCUUAAGUUAUGUAAAGGAACACAGAGAAUGUGAAUAAUCUGUACAAAACUAACUCGUUCUUGAGAUGAAAGGUGCUUAUAGGGUAAAGGAAUGAUCCAAAAGGUGGGGUUUUUACAAGAAGAUUUUCUUCAGUUAUUGCUCAGUGCUGUAAUUGGAUGCACUUGAUGAUUCAUUUUGGCGGCAAUAACAGCUUUCUACCCUGCGAUGCCACACA